UUGUGCCCUAAUGAAAUGUUUGGCUCGAAGUGUGGUUGCCGUUUGCGCUGUUUGGUGUUUUAUAAAAAAAAAAAAAUGGAAACUGAGAAAAAAUCAAGCUACAACAACCGUUGCGCCGUGCAGCACUGUGGGGCUAAAGUGGAUGACGGAGUUACGUUCUCGCAAGUCCCCAAGCUUGAUGCCGGCAAAACCGGUACCGUGGAUCUGCUGGCGAAUUUGAAGGCCCGCCAGCGAGCCCUGUGGGAAACGGCCCUCGGAAAGGUGGUGGACAUGAGCGUAAAAAAUCUGUGGAUUUGCAGCCGGCACUUUAUCAAAGGAAAAAAGGCGCGCAUCACAGACUCCAGUGAUCCGGAUUGGGUGCCGUCGCUCAAUUUGGAACCUUCGGAGGAAAAUCAGCCGAAACGUACGGAACUACCUCAUCCUGCCAGGAAACCAGUAGAAGAGAUGCCAACAAAGCAAACCAAUAGAAGAAUGACCAACUACGAAGUUUACGCCCUCAUCGAGGGCCGCGUAAAGUACCGGCACAUGUUCCGUUACACGGCCAAUCGAGAAAACGCUUGGAAAUCGGUUCAGCGCAGCUGCUCGCCAGUGCUCAACUGCUUUACCGUUGAGCAUAUGGAGCUCAAGUGGACCAAACUGUUGCGGCUCUAUCAGCGCAUCACGGGUCCACGGGACCCGAAGCUAGACUACUAUCCGGCGGAAGAGUGGGUGCACUACAGCAAAAUGCACGAUGCGAUGACGCGCUUGAAGACUCCACCGCUGAGUGAUUCCGUCGAACAGGAGGAGGAGGAGCUGGAUCCUGCGGAGUUGCACGCAUCGAGCGUCGAUGUGGACGAUCGCUACAUCACCGGUGAAAAGAUACUGUGGGGUAAAGGAUCGGAAAAUCGUCCGCGACCGUCUCGCGCUGCUCAGAUGGCGUCUCAGCCCAUUCCGAAGCGGCCAGUAUCGACCGCGAACCGCACCUGCAAGGCGAUCCAGUCGGGCAAUCCGGGUUUGCAACCGACAGCAAGACCGGUUCCACCGCCCGGUUCUCCAGAUUAUUGCAGGCUUUGCUUCACCAACCAGCAGCUGGAGCCGCUCUGUUCCGGCGUGAUCGUUGUCCGCGACGAGUUACUCGAGAAGAUCUACGUCUGCACCGGGGUGUUGAUUAUUGCCCGCCCCAAAGAGUCCGUCUACGUCUGCGUUCCAUGUGCCGCUUUGAUCAACAACUUCAGCACGUUCCGCCAACAGAUUUGCAGCAACAAUCGGGCGCUGCUCGAGCAGCUGAAAGACCAGAACCCUCCGGAAUUCGCCUCCUGUGAAUCAAUGCCACCGCUGGUGGGAACGACCGUGUCCAGCGUUCUCUCCCAGUCCCACGUCGUCCGGGGACCCGCUCCCAAGAAAAUCAUUCUCACACCAGUAAGCAAAGCAGCUUUCAUGAAUGCACGAGCCACCACUCCGAUCAGGACUCCACAACCGCUCCAGAACGUCGGAACUCCGAGACUCCCAACGCUAACACGAGCCCCGAACGCUCCGGUCAUCGUGAAACGAAUAGUCUACGCCAAACCCGGAGCCGUCUCCAUCGGCGUUCCUCCCCCACAAACCCGUCCCAUCGACGAAACCGCCAUGGAUCUUCCGGAUGAGAUCAAAACCGAGUUCGACGACCCGCUCGAAGGUGUCGGCGAUUCCGGAAACGCCCUCGUCAUGCCAAAACCGCUCAAGCAGACGGCACCUCCGCCGCCGCCGUCAACGCUCAAAAUGCGCGUCGAAAGUCACCCGGCGCAACCGGCGGUGGUUUCCAACGCCGUCGAGGAUGAAAGCUGGAAGUGUUGGUACUGCGAGCAGAACUUCCCGUUCAAGUUUGAGUGUGCGAAGCAUCUGCUGCAGGCCCACCAGGAGGGCGUGGCCAGCAUUCGUGACCGGUUGGAGCUGGACGAGCUGAACACGAACAUGCUGGAGAUGAUGGCGAAGCGAGCGGUCAGUGGACCUGGGAGGAAGGUGGUCGUGGUGUCGGUCAAGCGACCCCGGAUGGACGACGGAAGCGUGGAGGUGGUGGAGAUCGAUUAAACAGAUGUGGAAAUGAGUAAGUAGGCGGGGUUUUGUUGGCCGUGUAAGUAUAUCACAGUCCUGAUAAUAGAUUGACAAGUGAACGCAA